CAAACAUGUGUUGGCAACGCGGCGGCAGCAGAGUAUCAACACUGUAAUCAGCUGAGUAGAGAUGAACGAAUCAAACAAACAGAACUAAACAUAAACAAAAAUUUUGCGCAAAAUUUCAACAAUUUAAAUGUUAUUUCGGCAUUGUUGACAAAAUGAUAUAUAAAAUAAAAAAAAUUAAUUAAACUGCCCUAUACGUGAUAAUUAAUAAUAAGACAGUGUAUGUGAUGAGAUAUUCCGAUAUUGUGAAAUAACUGAAACUGCCUCAUAAUUCUAAUACAAUCGCCAAACGCAUCGAUAUAAGAAUAAGUUAAACUUAAUAUCAGUAAAUAACAAUAUGCAUAAAAAAAUUAUUUUAUGUAAAAUAGCGGUGGAGCUCAAUAAUACAGCGCAGCAGUUCAAAGAGUACACAAGAACUACAUUGAAUAGUUUUGAAUGGAAUGACAAAAAAUGGAAAAUGCUCUUUCCAUUUCCCUCGGAUAUGCUUGAAAAUCUGGAUACACAAUUGCAUCAUGCAAUAGAAAUAGAAGAGUUUAACGACAAAAAUACGGAGGAAAAAUUCCUAACUGUUACUUAUCAUAAUAAUAGAGCUACGCCUACAUUGGAAGAGCAGUAUAUUCUAUCAAAUGUUUUCAAAAAUUAUAAGUCGCCAAUAGGAUUUACAACAGACACAGCUAAUUUUACAGAAGACAAUGAAGCUUCUGAUAGUAAGCGUAAUUUGUUGCAAGAAUAUGUCACUACAGCACUCUAUGAUGCGCUCUAUCAAAAACAUUAUGAAUCAAAUAAUACCUCCAAACAAAAACUGCCAAUGCUACCCGAUUGCUUUCGUCCAAAAUUAUGCGAUUACCAGGCGCGUACAGUACAUUGGCUAUUACAGCGCGAAAUAAAAGACUCGCGGUUUCCUAAUUAUUAUACAAAACUCCAGGCACGCGAUGGUGAAACAACAGUUUACAAGCAUUUAUUAAGUUGGCAUAUACAAGAGUCUGAACCAGCGCCAAUUGAAAUGCCACUUGGUGGUAUACUUGCCGACGAAAUGGGUUUAGGCAAAACGGUAGAGAUGUUGGCGCUUAUAGUAUUAAACCAGCGCGUAUUUUUACAAGAGCCUUCACGUGUAGAGCAUGUAUCCAGGGAUGAGCCGGAAGAAAAACGCAAACGUCGUUCAACUAACUUAUUUUGUAUUUGUAAUAAGAAAACAAUGUCCAAAUUACGUACAUGUGAACGCUGUAAAUACCAACAACAUAUCAAUUGUGUUAAUCGUUUCGAUUUAGAAGGCAUUGAGGAAAGUCACUACUUAUGUCCCAGUUGUUGGUAUAUAACAACAAAAAACGCAUUGCUACAAGCUGCCACCACUUUCAUUGUAACACCAAACACAAUUAAAACACAGUGGUUAGCUGAAAUAAAUAGACACAUUAGACCGACGCUUAAAGUUUUCGAUUACAAUGAAUUCGCGGCAGCCAAUUGGAUUAGCCCACAACAGUUGGCUACUUACGAUGUGGUGCUAACCGAUUACAGUGUGUUGCGCCGUGAGAUUUAUCACACCAGUGCUUAUGUGUCCGAGCGUGUGACACGAAAUGAGCAACGUUCAAUGCGCCGGCUAUCGCCAUUACUUAUGGUGGAGUGGUGGCGCGUAUGCCUUGAUGAAGCACAAAUGGUCGAAUCAAAUGCUUCGAAUGUGGCCGCCAUGGUACGACAAUUACCAGCUAUAAACCGUUGGGCCGUUACUGGUACACCCAUACAUCGUAGCAUUGAUGAUUUGCGCGGUUUAUUGGAAUUCAUUGGUUUCAAUGAGCCCUUGACGCCAACAAGCGCUUGGAAAACAUUAAUAGAUGAUUUUGUUAUGCGUCAAAAUGCUGCAGGCGAAUGCGUUAAAGCCGAGCUGACACUUGUCGAUGUGUUGCAACGUUGCAUGUGGCGCACAUGUAAAUCUAAGGUCGAUGCAGAACUACAAAUACCACCACAAACAGAGCAGGUGCAUCGCAUACGCUUGAGUAAUUUGGAGAAAUUAUUUUACAACGAACAGCAUGCGUUGUGUGAGAGCAGCUUCCAACAUGUGCUGCAUAAACAUUUGGGUAGUGCUGAAGGCAUAUUAAAGAUCUCGCCGAAAAUAAUGAAAAUUAUUUUGCAACCGCUUUUGAAGAUACGUCAAUCAUGCAUUAUACCAGUUGUAAACACGGGCAGCGGACAACAUAAAGGCUCCUCAAAUGUGCAGCAAAAGCAAUUUCUGCAGCCAAAGGACUUACACGCGCAUCUCAAAUCCACUAAUGAGCUUGAGUGUAAGUCCGAAUUGCGCACGAUGGCUUCAUCGUACAAUGGUAUGGCCGCAAUAUAUUUUAUAAAAGGAAAUUAUGAACAGGCGAUCAAACACUAUGAAAGUGUGUUGCGUUUGGCGCGUGACUAUAAGGAUAUAAAUAUUACUGUAGACAGUUUGCUGCAAAUUCACGCAUUGCACAACAUACAACAAGCCUGUUACAUCUCUCCCUCCAAUGUCAAACAACUACCAGCCGACGUGCUGUCCAAAUACGAGGAGGAAUGCAAUGCUUUAGAGUGGAAAUAUCUGGAACCCUAUGCGAAUACAAUGAUGACGUUGCAGACGACUUGUAGCACUGCUGCAGAUACGCUUCAGAAAUUAGAAACGAACCUCGAAGCACCACUAUUAGAAUUUACCAAUUUGCUUGCCGAUAAAAUUAGCGAGCAAAAGGAAGAGUUUGCGAUCGCUUUGUUGAAUCGUUUUCACGAUGAAUUUGGCACCGCUUUUGGCGGCGGCCCAAAGUUGGAGCAAUUGCAAAGCAUAUCGGGCAUGUUGUACAUACUGGUUAUGUGGUAUCAAAAAGUGGAGGCGGCGCAAAAGCAUUUGAAUGAGGAGUUUGAGAAUUUGAAAUUUUACACAAUGCACGUAACGGUGCGGUCGAAAAACACACCCGCCAUUUGGCGUGAUAUGACUAAAUUUAUACGCAGUGUCUACGAUUGUCAUCUCAGUGAAAUAUUAGACGAUAACAAGGAACGUGAGAAAGAGAAAGCGAAGUUAAAGCCGAAGAAAUCGAAACAAAGUUUGUGCAAGCUUUGUCAAAUACGUGACGCGCUGAAUGAUUACGAAUGUUUGCUAUUCAAUAAGGUCGUUGAUGAAGCCACGAACAUGACUGAGGGUUUGGAAAAUCCUUCUUUCGAAGUAGCGUUAAUCAAAGUAUUAUUCGGCUUUGUACGCACGAAAACUUCUUUCCUGUGCUACUCACAACAAAUCGACAAGCAUUGGGAAGCCAUUGAAUGCCGUCAGCAGCUUUGUAAGAAGCUCAUCAAAUAUUGGAUCGAAAUUGAAUACACAGUAAAGGCGUACGAUGAAUUGGAUAUGUGUAAAAUGCGUAUUGCUCUCGCAGAAAAUGAGGAGGAGAAGACACAUUUCAAAUUGCUGGAUUAUGAGCUGGACGAUACUUUUGUAGAGCAGCAAAUGAAUCUUCACAAUGCACAGCGACAAUUUGCCAUGAAACUAGCGCGUCUCAAGUAUAUCACACAUUUGGAAGCAGAUGCAGAUACUGGGCCAUGUCCAAUUUGUCAAUCUGAAGAUGAAAAUCGGUAUGCUGUAUUGGAGUGUGGACACAAUAUUUGCCUCUUUUGUUUGCGCACCAUACGUCAAUAUAAUGCACAUCAAAAGCUAUGUUGCCCGAUUUGCCGCAAUCAACAGAGUUCAGAGAAAAUUUAUUACGUCACACGCACGGUCACAAUCUCUGCGGAAACCAAUAUACAAGUCGUCGGCGAUUAUUCUUCCAAAAUUACCUACAUCGUACGCUUGAUAUUACAGCUGCAACGGGCACACGCUAAAGACGUGCAACCUUUAAAGAUUUUAGUAUUUUCACAAUGGAAAGAAAUACUGCAUCCUAUCUCUAUGGCUUUAACGCAGAAUGGCAUACGCCAUCGGCACAACUUGACUCCGCGCACCAUAGACGAAUUUAAGAAUCCACAAUUAGGCGUCACUUGUUUGCUGAUGCCCUUGCACAAAGGCUGCAAUGGCUUAAACCUUAUAGAGGCUACACAUGUAUUUCUUGUCGAACCCAUACUUAAUCCUGGCGAAGAAGCGCAGGCCAUUGGACGUGUGCAUCGUUUCGGGCAGACGAGAUCAACUACCGUACAUCGUUUUAUUGUUUGUAAUACGAUCGAGGAGAAUAUAUUCAAUGUGGUGAAUGCUGGUAAACAAACUCAAGCGAAUUGGGAAUUCAAGCAAAUGUCAGUGGAGAGCUUGCGGAAUCUCUUUUAUUUAGAAAAUGACGUUAGCGAGGAGUAUGUACCUAACGUAACGGAACCAAUUGAUGUUACGUAGUUAUAAGGAGAACAUUCCGAAACAAUAUCUGUUCGCAUAUAAAACAUCGAAAAUUCGAUUUUCGAAAAUACUGUAGAAUUUUGAUUCUUAUACCGUUACUGGUUUCGUAAAUAUUUGUUAAUACGAAUUUGACGUACAAAAAUUAGCUUGGAGUAUGUGAGAACACAGCUCAUCAACUAUACGAAUUAUAGGAUAUACAAAAUACAAGUGCGGAAAACCCCAAAAAAGCUGAAGAAGCUCGCUGUAAGCCCGUCACUAAAUUAUUUGUAUUAACUGUAUACUACAGUUAUUCAGUAUUUCUUUGUAUAAUAUGUAUACAUUGAGUAUACAUUAUUUUUACUACCAAUAAAUUUCAUAAUAAAAUAUAUUUAUAUACUUAUAUAUAAAA